AUGGUUCGUUUUCUCUUCAUUCCACUGUUGACUGCGGCUCUCGUCGCUGGAGGGCGACUCGUCGACGUCGAGCUUCAGGAGCUCCGCAUCGGACAGUCAGUUAUCGCCUUAUAUCUUGGAGAAGCUUGACUAGAACUCCAGAAGUAGAGGAAUUUACUCGAUUCGGUAACAGAAAGAGUUUCGUUUCAUUCUGAAGAGGUGUUUGAAUUUUUAAUAGCUCACUGGUUAAUAUAGUCGGAAAGUCAGGCUUCUUUGGUUUUUAAUUUUCUAAAAUCUUAUGAAAAAAAUAAACUUUUACGAUUUGAAAGUGGAAAAAUUCCUUUAUAUUUUCCCCAUAUGUUUUUUUUUCGUGCUCAGAAAGCUUCACAUAGAUUCUUUUCUCGUAUAAUUCUUUUACUUUUUAUGAUUGAAUACUUUAAAGUGAGAUAAUUUUUUAUUGAAGGUUUUCAUCCUCUAUUGAAAUUUUAAAGUUACUAUUCGUUUUCUUUUUUAUAAACAAUAUUACGGUCUUCAACGCAAAUAAGGUUCCGCUAGAUCUUCAAACCUACACAUCCGACCUCUCACCUUUAAAAAUUAGGGCCAACCUUUUGUUUUGAUCGCAACACGGGCGCUCUAACUGGUGUUUUCUUUCAACUUAUGGUUCUCGAGUUCCCAUGCCUUCGUCGAUUCUUUGUUUCCAUGUUGUCCUUAAAUCUUUGUUUUUCUUCCUGUAUCCUCCAAGUAAAAAUUUCCGUAAACAAAUUUAUUUUUUUGUGUAGAGGCGAUUCAAAGAUUUGUUUCCAUAGUAUCAAUUACAACAAGCUUUUUUGAUAAUAGUGCAGUUCGCUCAUUUUAUGACCCAUAUUGAAGCUAUCGAAUUUCAACAGGAGGCAUUAAAAUCCUCAUUUUUUGUUACAGCGAUUUGCUUCCUGUUUCAAUCCCGUAACGUUGCCGAACAACCUAUACUUUAAAACGCUAAAUAGCCAAUCGAAAAGAAAAAUCAACGUUGUCGCGCAUCAAAAGUUCCUGAAGAGUGGAACGCGUGAAAUGCGAUUUCAUUGAAAGGCCGCGCGAUGCCUGCCAGAAAAAAAAGAAGAAAAAAACUGCGAAAGGGUCAAUCUGAACGAGGGUUUUGAUCUACUUUCGAGGAAAAUAGGGAAACCGGCAAAAGUUGGAGACGGCGCCCCGCGGCGCCUCUGAAUGCCUCCACAGCCAAUACUUUUGCGUCCUUCGAGGGCAUUCAGAAGCGAUUCUGCGGCCAAUCAAACCACAGAAACGUGUUGUGGCAGCGGAUGUUGGCUGCAGAAUCAUGGGAAUGAUUGUGGCCAUCGAAGAACCUUUUUAGUAAAGUCGGAAGCAAUUCGAUACAAUAGAAGGUUGAUAAAAGGGCUUCCAAUCGCAGAAGUUUGAGAUACUCUACGAAAGCUGUUUUUUUUUGGUCGGAAAACUUCAGGGCUUCUUUUCACGAUGUUUUUCAUCCGAUUGUAGUAGUGCGCAGUAAUUUAAAUUGGUUUCACUCACGAAUAUGUGUUACAAUUUUCUCUUCCAGUUUUAGAUGGAUUAAAAAAAAGUUUUUGCAGAAGCCUAGAGUCUUGGCGUAUUCUUCUCUUUUUGCAUAUUUCUGCUUCAAAGUGUGUGCGAAACUAGAAUAAUGAAGAGAACACGGACCUGAGGUCAUUUGGUUCAGGCUCCUCGCAUCGGGAGCUGUUCCAUUCGUGUUUACCGAGAAAGGGCGUCUGAUUUCGCGCUGUUCCCAGUAUGUGUGUCCAUCGGCUUACGACAUUACGCGGGUGGCACAUAAUAUAACGACAAUAAUAAUAAUGGUAAUAGUGGAAGGAAAGGCUGAGCCUCAGCCGAUGGUAUCGGCAUGUUGACGGGUGGUCUCGCCUUAAUCCGAAGGACCAUCCAUCAUUUGGCCAAGCUGUUAUCGCCUAGCCGUUUUUUUCGCUUGCGUAAUUCUCUUUGCACCCAAAUUUGAGGUCUGAGCCGACAGUUGUGGCUAGAUGACGUAGAAAAAAAAAACCCAAUUUUUAUCCACUAUUUAAUGGCUGAGAAGUAGGUUAUUGAGGCUUUUGCCAAGAGUUGACAAUUAUCGAACGAGCAUAUCUUUUCUGAUAAAGAUAUUCCUGUAAAAAAACGGACCAAGAUAUCACUUUCUCGACUUUUUCGUUUUAGUUUUGGGUUCAGUCCGAAAAAGACUGUUUCUGUUACACUUAAAAGGGAUUUUUUCGUCAUCAAAGCAAUAAUUCCUAGCAAGCUUGGCGUAGUUUUUUUGAUCAUUGACCAAUAAAAAAUUUUUUUUAACCGCAAACAAGUUUUCAUUUUUUUUUUCUCUCGAAGAACGCUUCGAGUAUUUGGUGAAUCGAAAUUGGCAAUUGAAAUCAGCCGCAGUGUCUUUAAACGGUUUUUUCUUCUUGAAGUCAGGAAAAGUGGUCAAAGGGAGUUGAGAAAUUCUUCCAGAUCUCAGACACAAUAAAAAAGUUGAAGGCUUCUCAGUUGAGUUUUUUGAAAUUUCUUCGUUUUUGGCUUUUUUGAAAGUUGGAGUAGUCUCGUAUCCCUUUGCUUUCUGAUUUGAACGAAGGUUUUGAGCUAGCAGUAUCUUUCGUUGAAAAAUUGCUCCUCAGCGUGACUUCCCGACAGUGAUUGAACUCGUUCUCAUCUUAGAAAGAUGACCUCGGCCUUCUUUUCCUCAAAUUUUUCAAUUCUCACGCACGACAUCGGUCUGGCUCUGCAGUCCGAUAAUCCUUCUCCCUCUAAGCCACUGGAUCAUCAAGGAAACUCCUGCACGCUUUUGUGA